AUGGACAGCCCCUGGCAGCGUGAACUCUCGGUCGCCAUCGCCGCUGUCCAGCAGGCCUCCAAGCUCAGCCAGGCUGUCCUGGCCGAGCAGGACAAGGGCAUCCUCGAGAAGGACGACCUCAGCCCCGUCACCGUGGCCGACUUUGCCAUCCAGGCCCUGCUGACCGCCACCAUCCAUCACUCCUUUCCCCACGACGGCUUCGUCGGCGAGGAGUCGGGCGACGACCUCAGGGCCAACCCCGCCCUGCUCCAGAGGGUCUGGGCCCUCCUCCAGCGCUUCUCCCCCGACUGCGCUCCCCCGUCCCCCUGCCGCAUCCCCUCCGGCCCCGACGAGGUCUGCGACAUGGUCGACUGGUGCGGCCACGGCCUGCCCCUGCAGCCCCAGAAGCCCCGCGUCUGGGUCUUUGACCCCAUCGACGGCACCAAGACCUUCAUCCGCGGCCAGAUGUACGCCGUCAACGUCGCCCUGCUGCACGACGGCGAGCAGGUCCUCAGCACCGUCGCUCUGCCCCUGCUGCCCCUCGACGCCACCCCUCCCGUCACCGACGCCACUUCCGACCCCGCCGGCCAGGGCACCAUCGUCUUCGCCGCCAAGGGCUACGGCACCCACGUGCGGCCCCUCCGAGGGGCCCUCUCCGACGUCGCUGUUCGCAGGGUACCCCCCAUCCUGGCAGACCACCCCGACCAGCUGCGGCCCGUCUCCUCCCUGCUCGCCCGCGCCUCCGCCAUCGACGAGGUCCACGCCGCCGCCGCCGCCCGCCUCGGCAUCACCCUCCCCGGCUGCGACCUCCUCGGCUGGGUCCCCAGAUGGGUCGUCCUCGCCCUCGGCCUGGCCAACAUGACCUUCUGGGUCUACCGUAGCAGAACCCGCUAUGCAAAGCUGUGGGAUCACGCCGGAGCUCUACUGCUCUUCCAGGAAGUCGGCGGUAAAGUCACUGAUGUCCAAGGCAGAGACAUCAACCUCGGAGCAGGGAGGAAGCUAACGGAUAAUUACGGCUUCGUCGCCGCCCCUGCACCGCUACACGCCACCGUCCUCGCCGCUGUACAGGAUUCAUUAUAG